GGUGAGAAAGCACUAUUUCAGCAGAAAGACUUGCCUCUCUUAUUCUUACAACCUCAGGCAGCAGGGAGCAAGCCCCAGCCUCUUCUCCUUUCUGCCUGCAAAUGAUCAGAUGGUGGGUAUGUUGGGAUCCCCACUAGUUCUACGUAUAACCAACCUCCUAGUCCCCCGAUCUUCUCCUUCAGGGCCCAUGCUCUGAACCCUGGUCAGGGAUGGCAGAAUGUGUCCUCCACCGCCUGGUCACCUACUUAGAGGAACUUGAGGCUGUGGACCUGAAGAAGUUCAAGUUACACCUGGGGACCGCGGCACAGCUGGGGGAGGACAAGAUACCCUGGGGACGGAUGGAGACCGCUGGCCCCCUGGAAAUGGCCCAGCUGCUUGUGGCCCAUCACGGGUCAGGGGAGGCCUGGCUGCUGGCUCUUAGCGUCUUUGAGCGGAUCAACAGGAAGGACCUAUGGGAGCGAGGGCAAGAGGACCUGGUGAGGGAUGCUCCGCCUGCCGCCCCGCCCUCACUGGAGAGACAGUCAGGACGUCCUGUGGAAGCCUUUCUUAGUACAAGAAAAGAUCCCUGGGAAACCUACCGCAACUAUGUCCGGAGGAAAUUCCUGCUGAUGGAAGACCGCAAUGCACGCCUGGGAGAAUGUGUCAGCCUCAGCCACAGAUACACCCGGCUUCUUCUGGUGAAGGAACACUCAAAUCCCAUGCGGACCCAGGAGAAGCUUCUGGCCACGGGUCGAAGACACUCAAGAACCGUGGACCACCAGGCCAGCCCCAUCUGGGUAGAGACCCUCUUCGAGCCUGACGAGGAGCGGCCUGAGCCACCCCAGACUGUGGUCCUGCAAGGGGCAGCAGGGAUGGGCAAGUCCAUGCUCGCUCACAAGAUGAUGCUUGACUGGGCUGAAGGGAGUCUCUUCCAGGGCAGAUUUGAUUUCCUCUUCUACGUCAACUGCAGGGAGAUGAACCAGAAGGCUGAGUGGAUCCUGCAAGACCUUAUCUCCAGCUGUUGGCCAGAGCAGAACGUGCCUCUCCUGGAGCUUGCCCGGAUUCCCGAACGCCUCCUUUUCAUCAUUGAUGGCUUUGACGAGCUCAAGCCUUCUUUCCACAACCCCCAGAGCCCCAGGUGCUUCUGCUGGCAGGAGAAACAGCCCACAGAACUCCUUCUUAGCAGCCUGAUUCGGAAGAAACUGCUCCCUGAGUUGUCUCUGCUCAUCACCACCCGACCCAUGGCUUUGGAGAAGCUCCACCGCUUGCUGGAGCAUCCCCGGCAUGUGGAGAUCCUGGGUUUCUCUGAGGCUGAGAGGAAAGAGUAUGUCUACAAGUAUUUCCACAGCGUGGAGCAGGCUGGCCAAGUCUUCAACUUCGUGAGAGACAACGAGCCCCUCUUCACCAUGUGCUUUGUUCCCAUGGUGUGUUGGGUGGUUUGCACCUGUCUCAAGCAGCAGCUAGAGGGUGGAAGGCUUGUAAGACAGAUGUCCAGGACCACCACAGCAGUGUAUGUGCUCUACCUUCUGAGUCUGAUGCAACCCAAGCCAGGGACCCCAACCCACCAGACCCCACCCAACCAGAAAGGCCUGUGCUCCUUGGCAGCUGAUGGCCUCUGGAACCAGAAGGUCCUAUUCGAGGAGCAGGACCUCCGGAAACAUGGGCUGGAUGGGGCAGAUGUCUCAGCCUUCCUCAACAUGAACAUCUUCCAGAAGGACAUCAACUGUGAGAAGUUCUACAGCUUCAUCCACUUGAGUUUCCAGGAAUUCUUCGCCGCCAUGUACUAUAUCCUGGGUGGUGGAGAGACUGGGUUGGGUCCAGACAACAACUUGAGCAGAUUGUUGGCUGAGUAUGGGUCAUCGGACAGGAGCUUUUUGGCACCCACUGUCCGCUUUGUGUUUGGACUCCUGAAUAAAGAGAUGAGAAGCUACCUGGAGAAGAAUCUUUGCUGGAAGGUCUCACCUCACAUCAGGAUGGAACUGCUGAAGCGGAUUCAGAGUAAAGCUCAGAGUGAGGGGUCUACACUGCAGCAGGGCUCCUUGGAGUUCUUAAGCUGUUUGUAUGAGAUACAGGAGGAGGAAUUUAUCCAACAGGCCUUGAGCCACUUCCAGGUGGUCACGGUCAGCCACAUGGCCACCAAGAUGGAGCACAUGAUCUCCUCAUUUUGUGUAAAGAACUGCAGGAGUGUCCUCGUGGUGCAUUUGUAUGGGGCGGCCUUCAGUGCAGAUGACGACGAUGGAGCAAAAUGGGCUUUAGGGUCCCAGGCGCCAUUGGCACAGUCACCCGAGAAGAAUAUCCUACCCAAUGCCUACAGUGACGAUCUUGCUGCUGCUCUAUGUACCAACCCUAAUCUGAUAGAGCUGGUUUUGUACCAAAAUGCCCUGGGAAGCCAGGGAGUGAAGCUGUUGUGCCAAGGACUCAGACACCCCAAUUGCAAACUUCAGAACCUGCGGCUGAAGAGGUGCCGAGUCUCCAGUUCAGCCUGUCAGGACCUCGCUGCAGCCCUGACGGUUAACAGGAACCUUCUGAGGGUGGACUUGAGCAGCAACCGUCUUGGGCUGACAGGUGUGAAACUGCUCUGUGAGGGACUCCGGCACCCCAAAUGCCGACUACAGAUGAUCCAGUUGAGGAAGUGUCAACUGGAGGCUGGGGCUUGUCAGGAGAUCUCAUCUGUGCUCAGCAACAACCAACAUCUGAUGGAGUUAGACCUGACAGGCAACGCACUGGAGGAUUUGGGGUUGAGGCUGUUGUGCCAAGGCUUGAAGCACCCAACGUGCCAUCUACAGACCUUGUGGUUGAAGAUUUGCCACCUCACUGCUGUGGCCUGUGAAGACAUGGCUUCCACCCUUAGUGUGAACCAGAGCCUGAGGGAGCUGGACCUGAGCCUGAAUGACCUGGGGGACCCUGGGGUGCUGCUUCUGUGUGAAGGUCUCAGCCACCCCAAGUGCAAACUUCAGACCCUCCGGUUGGGCAUUUGCCGGCUUGGCUCUGCAGCCUGCGAGGGUCUCUCUGCCGUGCUGCAGACCAACCACCACCUCCGAGAGCUGGACCUGAGUUUCAAUGACCUGGGAGACUGGGGCAUGAGGCUGCUGUGUGAGGGGCUGCGCCAUCCCACCUGCCGACUCCAGAAACUGUGGCUGGAUAGCUGUGGCCUCACAGCCAAAGCGUGUGAGGAUCUUUCUUCCAUGCUGGCAGUCAACCAGACCCUGACUGAGCUCUACUUGACCAACAACACCCUGAAGGACACCGGUGUCCGGCUGCUGUGCAAGAGACUGGGUCAUCCUAGCUGCAAACUUCGAGUCCUCUGGUGAGAGAAGCUUCCUGGUUCUCCCUGGAGGAGGCAGGGCAUGGGGCUUGGAGGUUAUUUGGGAUGGACCUGGAUAAAAUGACCCACAGAGCAUUGGCGGCACUUCGCGUGAAGAAGUCUUACUUAGACAUCGGCUGCUGAGUGACCAUACCUGCUGGUACCUUAC